AGGAAAUAAUAUGAACACAUAGCUUUAGAUCAAAGAACACUACCUUAAAUUUUGGUAUGGCCGAGGGGAAGCAGGGCUGGACGACCUUGCUGAUGUUCAUCUGUGUGUGCAUCACCGUGGGCACCGUCAUCCCCAUCGGCUAUGCGUUCGCCGUGGUUAAUGCUCCAUCUACGUUCAUUAGAUCGUGGAUAAUGGAAUCGGCUCUAACCCGGUAUUCAUCGCGGCUGGGCGAGUCCCAGGUGACGAUAAUGAUGUCGGCCGUGGUCUCCAUAUUCCUGAUCGGCGGCAUGCUCGGCGCUCCAUUCGCCCCCAUCUUCAGUGCCCGACUGGGCCGUCGAGGAAUACUGGUCCUCAGUGGGAUGCUGAUUCUGGUAUCCUGCAUCUGUCAGCUAUUCUGCCGGAUGGCAAACUCAAUUGAGAUGCUUUUGCUGGGUCGACUGAUCGGAGGACUGGCUGCCGCUCUAAUCUACGCGACGCAGCCCAUGUAUCUUGUUGAGCUGGCUCCGGCGGAGCUAAGUGGCAGUGUGGGUGUGUUUACCUGCAUCGGGAUCACCGGAGGCAUCGUUUUGGGUCAAGUCAUAAGCUUUAAUUUUGUUCUGGGCACAGAGAAAUUAUGGCCCUACGCCCUUGCUGGUUCCGGGAUAUUCGUGAUAAUCGGACUAGCGCCCAUCUUUUGGUUCCCUGAGAGUCCCCGCUUCCUGAUGUCCCAGGGCAGGAGGGAGAAGGCCAGGGUUGCGUUGAUGCGUCUGCGGAGGGAUGAGGCACGAGUAAACGCGGAGAUGGCGGAGUUCGAGGUCACCUCAGAGGCAGAGGGUCAAAAGAUCACCAUGAAGGAGGUGCUCUGCAACAGCAAGCUCAAGAUGCCUCUGAUAAUAGUGAGCUCCUUUCACUUCGUCCAGCAGAUGAGUGGCAUAAACGCGAUUUGGUUUUACUCCGUGGACAUUUUCACCCAAUCCGGAUUCACUUUAGCGGUGUCUUUGUGGCUUAACUUUGCCUUGGGAUUCCAGAACUUUGUAGUCGCCCUCUUGGGUCCCUUGUUAAUGAGGAGGGUAAACAGACGCCUCAUGAUGAUGCUGUCGUGUCUCUUCAGUGCCAUCUUCUUGACCCUUCUUGUCGUAGGCCUUAAACUAAUGUUAUCCAUAAAAGAGUUCUCAUUCGUCUGCAUUGCCUUCCUGUCGCUGUAUAUCCUGGCUUUUAACGUGGGUCUGGGGCCCAUUCCUUACUUCAUUGGUUCAGAGAUCUUUGAGCCGGCGCCGCGCCCUUUGGCGAUGGCUUUUGGAAGUUUUUUUAACUGGUUCGCUAACUUCCUGCUUGGCAUGAUGUUUCCCAUCCUGAAUUCGGUGAUUGGACCGUAUGCUUUCCUAAUUUGCGCCGCGUUCUGUGUUUACGGAUUCCUGCUCACCUGUCGCUAUCUGCCGGAGACAAGAAACCGCGAACCCAAGGACGUGGCGCCGCUGAUGGAAAACGGCUUCAGGUCCAAGAUAAAGUAGGAGCUAACUGGAAGUGCACGACCAGAUCUUAGCGCCCAAAUAGUUCAGGAAGGUUCAUGCUGAAUUGCCAAUUUUAAAAUGGAUAGCCUGAACAUUUUUUUAACUCUAUUAUUUUACUGCAGCAUUUAACGGCUUUUUGUGUAUCGGAAAUAAAUUCUUCGUAUCAGAAACUUUUAAA